AUGGGUAAUAAUAAUGAAGAUGGUUUAAAUAAUAACAAUAACAAUAACAAUAAUAUUGAAAAUAGAAAAGUUAAAUUAAAUAAUACAGGUGAUGAAAUCCCAUUUUCGAUGGGUAAUGCAUCAUCAUCACCAUCUGCACCUCCACCAUACCAACCUUCAAUACAACCACUAUAUCAACCACCAACACAAAAUCAAUUCUUACCACAAUAUCAACAACAACAACAACAACAGCAACAACAUUACCAACCACAAUAUCAACCAAUAAACAAUAUGAGUUAUCAACCAAUACAACAACAACAGCAACAACAAAGUAAUUUCCCACCAACACAAUAUCAACCAAAUAAUAUGAAUUAUAUGGCAUCACCACAACCAUUAUUACAACCUCAAAUUAUGACUAUACAACCAACAACAUUUUCAAAUUCUCAAACUACAACUACAACAACUUUAUCAAAUCAACCACUUCAAACUUUAUAUAUUCCAAUUGAUUCAGAAUUUUAUCCAUCUUAUACACCACAAUUUUUAUAUAAAAAAGAUGAUGAAAGAACUUAUGGUAUUGGUACAUCAUUAAAAGAUUCAUCAUUUAAUGAAAUGAUAAAUAAUAAAAUUACAAAUAUAUUUAUAAAAACAAGAAUGAUACCACAAGUUAAUGAUGAUUUAUUGAAUACAAUUGUUAAUUGUAAAAAUUUAGAACAUUUAAAUUUAUCAGGAUGUGUUCAAUUUAGUUCAACAUUAUUCUCUAAACAAAUUUCAAGAUUGAAUCAAUUGAAAUCAUUGAAUUUAAAUGGUUGUCAACAAAUUACCAAUGAUAAUCUUUGCAAGAUAUCAAAUUCGUGUAAACAUUUAGAAGAGAUUCAUUUGAAUGGUUGUAAUAGAGUCGAUGAUCAGGGUAUAGUAGAUUUGGUUAGUAAAUGUAAAAAGAUUAAAAUCCUAUCAAUGAGUGGUUUAAAUCUUUUAACCGAUAGAUCAAUGACAAUGAUUUGUCAAAAAUUACAAGAUCUUCAAUCACUUUGUAUCAACCAUAUUCAAUGGUUCACUGAGAAGUCUCUAAUGUUGAUUGGUAAAAAGUUUAAGAAUUCCCUACGUUGUUUCUACGCUUAUAAUACAUUGAUCACUGAUAGCGUACUCUCGGAUAUAGCAAUCAAUUGUUCAUCACAAUUAUCGGUGAUUAAUGUCUCCAAAUGUAAAAAUAUUACAAACACUUCAAUAGCCACCAUUGCGAUCAAUUGUGGUAAAAUGCUAACUAAAUUGUUUUUACAAAAUAUUGAAUGUCUUUCAAUUCAUAGUAUUUCAUUGUUGGGUAAAUACUGCACACAACUUACAACACUACGUUUGGAUGGUUGCUUAAAUCUAAUGGAUGAUUCAAUUCAAUCAUUACAACCAUUGGAAAGGCUAAAGAUUUUAAACCUUUCAAAUCUACCAAAGAUUAAUGAAAUCUCAUUGAUAAGAAUUUUACCAUCAUUAAAAGACUUGGAGGAAUUAUAUCUCUAUGAGAAUCCACGUUUCUCUGAUUUAACCAUUAAACAAUUAUCAAUUAGCAAUCCAAGAAUCACUUCAUUACGUGUUGAUAAAACAGUGUUCGUAUCAGAUGCUUCAAUUAUACCAUUUACCAAUAGUGUCAGCUAUUUAAGAGUUUUGAAUCUAUCUGGUUUACAAUCGAUUCAUGACUCUAGUAUUAUGGCAUUGGCUACCUCUCAAAAAUUCAUUCAAAAACUUUAUCUAUCAGGUUGUAAAUCCAUUGGCAAUGAUUCAUUGUUUGCAAUUACUGGUCAUAUGUCAUCCUCUUUGGAAGUAUUGAAAAUUGAUGAUUCUCAUCAAUUCACAGAGGAGGCUCUAUCAUCAAUUAGUCUAUUAAAAGGUUUAAAAAUUUUAUCAAUUUCUCAUUGUGUCCAUACAACUAAUAAUACCAUUGAUUUGAUUGGCUAUAAUUGUAGAGAGUUGGAACAAUUGUACAUGUGUAAAUUACCAAUGGUCAAUGAUGCAGUACUACCAGCAUUAUUAUCAAAUCUUUGUAAAUUAAAAAUCCUUAGAAUCGAUGGUUGUGUAAAUAUGACCGAUCGUUCAUUGACUGGCAUUCGUUUCCUCAAUCGUUUAUGUUUGGAAGUUUUCAAUUGUUCCGAUAGUAGAAUUGGUUGUGGUGGUUUGUUAACAAUUCUUCAACAAUCUUCAAUUCGUGAACUUUAUGCAUGGAAUUGUGAUUAUAUUACUGAUGAUAUCUUAAAAACCAUUGCAAACGAUGCUUCAUCCAUUCAAAUCCUACGUUUGGAUGGUUGUAAAAAUAUUAGUGACAAAGGUGUACGUACAUUAAUUCAAAGAUGUCCACUUUUACGUAUUCUAAACAUUUCCAAUACAAAGAGUUCCGAUGAAACCUUGCAAACCGUCGCUGGCUAUUGCAAACGUUUAAAGAAACUCUAUGCAAAUAAUUGUACUAAAAUCACCUCGUCCGGUAUUUCAGCGAUCGCCUAUCAAUGUAAUGAAUUGACCAUUUUGAAUGCUUCACGUUGUGCAAAUAUUACCGAUAAUGCAAUCAUUGAUAUCUCUUUGAAAUGUAAACUUUUGAAACGUUUAAUACUAAACUAUUGUCCAAAGAUUACCAGUCAAGCAAUCAUCAGAGUAUCAGUCGGUUGUCAAAUGUUAAAAGAGAUCUCUUUGAAAGGUUGUACCAAUUUGGAUGAAAUGGGUGUUCUCUCACUUUCUACCUAUUGCAAACGUUUACAAUAUAUCGAUUUCACUGAUUGUCACUUGGUAACCGAUCUAUCGAUACUUGGUAUUGGUAGAGAAUGUUUACUUUUGAAAUCAGUCAUUCUCACUGGUACCGCUGCUCAAGAUAAUGGUGUCAUUGAAAUUUGUGUACGUUCAAAUGUAAAUAUUUUAACUUUAGAUCUGGAAAGAACUAGAAUUUCUGAUCGUGCUGUUCAAAUCAUUGCUCAAAUGUGUCCUGCUAUUAAAAAUUUAAAUCUUUUAAAUACCCAAAUUACUCCUCAAUCAAUUGAUUCUGUAAAACAUACUUGUUUCCUUUUAACAAAUUUACAAUCUAAAUAA